UUGCGUUCAGUUGCCGUUGAUCGUUAUAAUAGCGCGAUCUUUGUGUUAGCUCUUGGUCUUCCGACUAAAAUAAAUUUUUAUUAUAUAAUAACGGAAUUUUUACUAGGAAUAAUAAUUGCUACUGAACGAAGAGGAUAACGAAUCAAAAUGGAGGACGGUCACUCGAAAACCGUCGAACAGGCUCUCAACUUCUUCGGAACGGACGGCGAGCGCGGCCUCACUCUCGACCAGAUCAAGACCAACCAGAAGAAAUAUGGACCCAACGAGUUGCCGACUGAGGAAGGAAAGAGCAUCUGGCAGCUGGUCCUGGAGCAGUUUGACGAUCUCCUGGUGAAGAUUCUGCUUUUGGCAGCCAUCAUCUCAUUUGUUCUCGCGCUGUUUGAGGAACACGAAGAAACGUUCACUGCAUUUGUAGAGCCCUUAGUUAUUUUACUUAUUCUGAUAGCCAACGCAGUGGUGGGAGUAUGGCAGGAGAGGAACGCCGAAUCCGCCAUCGAAGCGCUCAAGGAGUAUGAGCCGGAAAUGGGCAAGGUGGUGCGCCAGGACAAGUCCGGUAUCCAGAAGGUUCGCGCGAAAGAGAUCGUACCCGGUGACCUCGUUGAGGUGUCCGUCGGUGACAAGAUCCCCGCCGAUAUCCGCAUCACCCACAUCUACUCCACCACCCUUAGGAUCGAUCAGUCCAUUCUCACUGGUGAGUCGGUGUCUGUUAUCAAGCACACCGACGCCAUUCCCGAUCCCCGCGCCGUCAACCAGGACAAGAAGAACAUCCUGUUCUCCGGCACGAAUGUGGCCGCCGGCAAAGCCCGCGGCAUCGUCAUCGGCACUGGCCUGAGCACCGCCAUCGGUAAGAUCCGUACCGAGAUGUCAGAGACUGAGGAAAUCAAGACUCCCCUGCAGCAGAAGCUCGACGAGUUCGGCGAGCAGCUGUCCAAGGUUAUCUCCAUCAUUUGCGUCGCCGUCUGGGCUAUCAACAUUGGCCACUUCAACGACCCCGCCCACGGUGGCUCCUGGAUCAAGGGCGCCAUCUACUAUUUCAAGAUCGCUGUCGCUCUGGCUGUGGCUGCCAUUCCCGAGGGUCUGCCCGCCGUCAUCACCACCUGUCUUGCUUUGGGCACCCGCCGCAUGGCCAAGAAGAACGCCAUCGUGCGCUCCCUGCCCUCCGUCGAGACCCUUGGCUGCACCUCCGUCAUCUGCUCAGAUAAGACCGGCACACUGACCACAAACCAGAUGUCCGUUUCCCGCAUGUUCAUCUUCGACAAGGUCGAGGGCAAUGACAGCAGCUUCCUGGAAUUCGAGCUGACCGGCUCCACCUACGAGCCCAUUGGCGAGCUCUUCCUUGGAGGCCAGCGUGUUAAGGCCGCUGACUACGACGCCCUUCAGGAACUGUCCACCGUUUGCAUCAUGUGCAACGACUCCGCCAUCGAUUACAAUGAGUUCAAGCAGGCCUUCGAGAAGGUCGGCGAGGCCACCGAGACCGCCCUGAUUGUGCUGGCUGAGAAGCUGAACAGCUUCAGCGUUAACAAGUCCGGCCUGGACCGCCGCUCCGCUGCCAUUGCCUGCCGCGGUGAGAUUGAGACCAAGUGGAAGAAGGAGUUUACCCUGGAAUUCUCUCGUGAUCGUAAAUCCAUGUCCUCGUACUGCACCCCUCUGAAGGCCUCCCGACUGGGCACUGGCCCCAAGCUGUUUGUCAAGGGUGCCCCUGAGGGUGUCCUAGAGCGCUGCACACACGCCCGCGUCGGAACCACCAAGGUGCCUCUGACCUCGGCCCUGAAGAGCAAGAUCCUGGCCUUGACUGGUCAAUACGGUACUGGACGCGACACCCUGCGUUGCCUGGCCCUCGCCGUUGCCGAUAGCCCGAUGCGCCCCGAAGAGAUGGAUCUGGGAGAUUCCACCAAGUUCUACCAGUAUGAAGUUAACUUGACCUUCGUCGGUGUCGUUGGCAUGUUGGAUCCCCGAAAGGAAGUCUUCGACUCCAUCGUGCGCUGCCGUGCCGCCGGUAUUCGCGUUAUUGUGAUCACUGGUGACAACAAGGCCACUGCCGAGGCCAUCUGCCGCCGCAUCGGUGUGUUCACCGAGGACGAAGACACCACUGGCAAGUCCUACUCUGGUCGCGAAUUCGAUGACCUGUCCCCCGCCGAACAGAAGGCUGCCGUCGCCCGUUCCCGCCUCUUCUCCCGCGUGGAGCCUCAGCACAAGUCGAAGAUUGUUGAGUUCCUGCAGGGCAUGAACGAGAUCUCCGCUAUGACUGGUGAUGGUGUGAACGAUGCCCCCGCCCUGAAGAAGGCUGAGAUUGGUAUUGCCAUGGGCUCCGGUACCGCUGUCGCCAAAUCUGCCGCCGAAAUGGUGUUGGCCGACGACAACUUCUCCUCCAUCGUGUCCGCCGUUGAAGAAGGUCGCGCUAUUUACAACAACAUGAAGCAGUUCAUUCGCUACCUCAUCUCCUCCAACAUUGGUGAGGUCGUCUCCAUCUUCCUUACUGCCGCCCUUGGUCUGCCCGAGGCUCUGAUUCCCGUUCAGCUGCUCUGGGUUAACUUGGUUACCGAUGGUCUCCCAGCUACAGCUCUUGGCUUCAACCCGCCUGACUUGGACAUCAUGGAGAAGCCCCCCAGGAAGGCCGAUGAGGGUCUCAUUUCCGGAUGGUUGUUCUUCCGUUACAUGGCUAUUGGCUUCUAUGUGGGCGCUGCCACUGUCGGUGCCGCCGCCUGGUGGUUCGUGUUCUCCGCUGAGGGCCCCAACCUAACCUACUGGCAACUGACUCACCAUCUGUCCUGCUUGGGCGGUGGUGACGAGUUCAAGGGCGUUGACUGCAAGAUCUUUAGCGAUCCCCAUGCCAUGACCAUGGCUUUGUCCGUGCUGGUGACCAUUGAGAUGUUGAACGCCAUGAACAGCUUGUCUGAGAAUCAGUCCCUGAUUACCAUGCCCCCAUGGUGCAACUUGUGGCUGAUUGGAUCAAUGGCACUCUCCUUCACUCUUCACUUUGUUAUUCUUUACGUCGAUGUCCUCUCCACCGUCUUCCAAGUGACACCGUUGUCUGCUGAGGAAUGGAUAACUGUGAUGAAAUUCUCAAUUCCUGUAGUUUUAUUAGAUGAGACACUGAAGUUUGUUGCUAGAAAAAUCGCAGAUGUUCCUGACGUCGUCGUCGACAAGUGGUAACGGUUAGGACCACCACCUUAUGACCGAUACGAGAGUGUGGAAAAGAAUGAUGUGAAGGAGGACAACAAUUUUUCUGCCUUUAUCAUUCGUGUAUUAAUCGCUAAGCCAGCCCUGUUACUUGCAACUGCAACAUUAAAAAUCCAACAUAAAUCAA